UAUACCGACUCUCCCAUUCAGUCUUGCACAGUUGUACCGGCUCCUCCCCUUCAGUCUUGCACACGUGUACCGGCUCCUCCCCUUCAGUCUUGCACACGUGUACCGUCUCCUCCCCUUCAGUCUUGCACAGGUGUACCGGCUCCUCUCCUUCAGUCUUGCACAGGUGUACCGGCUCCUCCCCUUCAGUCUUGCACAGGUGUACCGGCUCCUCCCCUUCAGUCUUGCACAGGUGUACCGGCUCCUCCCCUUCAGUCUUGCACAGUUGUACCGACUCCUCCCCUUCAGUCUUUCACAGUUUCUUGCACACCCUGCAUUCACUACAUCCGCUCUCCCCGGACCCCGCAUUCCCUAUAUCCGCUCUCCCCGGAACCCCGCAUUCUCUAUAUCCGCUCACCGGACCCCGCAUUCACUAUAUCCGGUCUCCCCGGACCCCGCAUUCACUAUAUCCGCUCCCCGGACCCCGCAUUCCUAUAUCCGCUCUCCCCGGACCCCGCAUUCACUAUAUCCCGGUUUCCCCGGACCCCGCAUUCACUAUAUCCGGUUUCCCCGGACCCCGCAUUCACUAUACCCGCUCUCCCCGGACCCCGCAUUCACUAUACCCGCUCUCCCCGGACCCCGCAUUCACUAUACCCGCUCUCCCCGGACCCCGCAUUCACUAUACCCCGCUCUCCCCGGACCCCGCAUUCACUAUAUCCGCUCUCCCCGGACCCCCGCAUUCACUAUAUCCGCUCUCUCCCCGGACCCCGCAUUCACUAUAUCCGCUCUCCCCGGACCCUGCAUUCACUAUAUCCGCUCUCC